UCAGCGACUUAUAGAGUGACUGUGGCGGGUAUUCUGACACUGGGUGGGAACUGACUAACUGCCACUGACAUCCCAAUGACACUAAUAAAAAGCACUGACACUGUACUAAUGACACUGUGUAGGAAGGAGUUAACAUCUGGGGCGAUCAAAGGGUUAACUGUGUGCUAUUUUACAUUAUGUGCUCUGUUUGUUUUACUAGGGAAACCUGUGCAGAGAAAUACAAAGCAGCAUGUCCUUGUUGGCAGGAUAGAGACCUGUGUUGUUUACACAUAGGUCUUUUCCCUGUAAGCUUUCCCCGCAGAUCAAUGGGUGGCGGUGGGAAAUCUCUGGGCAGGACUUGGUGAUUGAUAUCCCUAGCUGCCAAUGGCAGUGUG